AUGCCGUCGCGAGUGCAGUGGCUCGUAUGGAACUUUCUCGUGUCAAGAGGACCGUGCCUGCACGCAUGGAAGCUCCUGUCCAGAUCCCUCCUCCGAGCCGACGUCAAGGGAGGCAAGCCGGAGGACAAGCCACUGGGCCUGUACCGCUACAGAGAGCACAUUGCCAGACCGACGCAUCCCCUGUCCCACUACACGCAGCCGCUGGAGUCGCCGACGCUCGACUUCGUCACGCACCUCGUCCUCAGCGGCAGGUGCGGCUUCUCCGUCAGGGAGAUGAUGUGCCUAUCCGACAUGCGUAACCUGGGUAUCCUGGAGGUCAUCCGGCCAGUGGACGGGACGGUCUCCUCGACAACGUCGUUCUCCUCGUCCGAGUACGACGAAUACGGCGACGGGGCAGAUCAGGAGGCAGCGGCGGCGGCAAUGACGUUCCCACCCUUGACGGACCGUCUCGUGCGCGCGUGGGCGGAGAAGGAGGACCCCUUCCCCCGCCUGAGGGUGCUGCGCGUGUGGGGCGUCGGUACGACGACGCGCGAGUCGCUGCGCUGGGUGGCCGCGCUCCCCGCCCUGGUGGUGUACGACGUGCUCGGUAAGCCGGAGAGCUGGGAGUCCGAGGCCGAUGUAGCCGGUGACGGCGGCGAGUGGGAGCGGCUCAUGCCGUCGGGCGACGAGGCCAGUCUGGUCGAGCAGCUCGUCGCUGCUGACGCUGCCGCUACCGGCACGGCCGCUGACGUGUCUCGGAAGUGGCAGUCUGGUAUGGACGGGAACACGGCUAACCGGGUGGACCGGGAGUUGGUAUCGGCGUACAUGCACGACGGCGACGGCGACGGCGACGGCGAGCCGUCGAGAAGUGCGACGGUCCGCUUCGUCGACUACGGAGAGGCUCUCAGGCUGGUCGAUGCUCCCGCCACCGCGGCGGCGGCAGAUGAAGCUCCACGUACGGUCCGAGGUAUGAUAGAUGCGACUGAUUCCGAGGCCUGGGCCUUCUGGAUGUACGCACUGAUAGGGCAGACGGACGACGACGAUCAGGAGGACGACGACGACGCUGGCCGACUGGUACGAAACAAUUCUUGUGGACUCGUCGGAAGUGGGGGGUGA